AUGAUUGAAUACCACAAAAAUAAAAUUAAUAACAAAAAUAGUAUACCCAACAAUUUAUCAGUCGAAGAAAACUUGACAAGCAAUCUUUACCUUCGUGAUUAUUACUUGAAAGAUUUCAAAUAUAUAAGUCCAGAUGAAGUCAAUUUGAAUAAGCCUAAAAUUAUAAACAAGGAUGUCGAGAAACCAGUGGUCACGGAGACACGACAGCAACCGAAGUCUACGGUAGAGCUUUGGGCGAUAGAACUUAUGAAAGGGCUGAAACAGUUCUUCUACCAGGGAUCCUUGCACGGAGUCAAGUAUAUUUUCGAACCAACGUUCAGUGCAAAAGAAAGAUGGACAUGGAUUGUAAUAAUGAUAAUCAGUAUGAUCGUUUUCUCAGUAAUUAUGAUCCAGCUGUUCUGCAAGUGGACAUCCACACCUUUCGUGAAUGUCAUAGACUCUGUUCCAACACCAAUUUGGGCAGUACCAUUUCCUACAGUUGUCAUUUGCCCCCACUUGCACGUAAAAAUGUCGUAUGCUAAUAUAUCGGAAUUGAAAGGGAAAAUCUCUCAAAAUCUUUGUUGUUCUAGUUUACAAGAAUUUUUUGCAUCAAUGGUCUGUCCACGGAUGACCAAUGACAAGAAAUUUUUGGAUACGAGGCUUGACCAGUCUGAAAUUAUAAAGUUCAAAGAUUUUAUAAUGCAGGCAUCUCCAACGUGUGGUGACAUAAUCAAAGCUUGUAACUGGCCCGCGAAGCAUGCAGCCUACUGGGAGACAGACAGGUGCUGCGAGCUCUUUCAACCGAUCUUCACAAACUAUGGCCUAUGCUAUGCCUUCAACAGUUUGCCUUUAAACGCCAUGACAAAUGACACGCUUUCUUGGCAGAAAUCGUUCAGCGACAACGCCAAGCCAGCAGCUUUAGAAUGGGACCUGGACACCGGCUACCCAAAGGUGUUUCCCCCCGAUCUAACGAUGAAACCGUUCAGGGUAAUGGCUUCUGGAGAGUCUAAUGGGUUAAGUGUGGAGUUGUUCUUGAAUGACAGCGAGCAUCAGCUUGAUUGUGAAGGGAAUAGCUUGGGAUUUACUGUCCUAAUCAGCUCUCCUACCGACCACGUCUACACGAGCACCGUACUGAGGCUGCCCAUGGAUCGAAUGACGACCAUCGAAGUGACACCUCUCACCUACAAAACUGACUACUCCCUGCGCUCCGUUUCUGCCUAUAAGAGACAAUGUUUCUUUCAAAACGAGAAGAAACUUCAGUAUUACAUGUUUUAUACAGAUAGUAACUGUAAACAUGACAUGCUGGUGAGAGAAGCAAGAAAGAUGUGUAACUGUGUGCUUUUUAACUGGCCAACAAAAGUAGAAGAACAGCUGAUAUAUGCGUACUACGCGGAGAGUGAGGACGAAAGAGGCACACGACAUGAGUCCAGGUCCUGUCACCCAUCCUGCAACGACAUUAUAUACGCCUCGCAAGUGUUCUACUCCGACCUCACUAAAGACUUGGAAAACAGUUCCCAUAAAUGGGGGAAGCUGAGACCUGGCGAAGUAACUCAGAUCAAUGUUCAUUUUUAUGACGACAUGUUUCUUGGUCAACAUCGACACGCGCAAUACGAUGACUUCUAUUUUGUGGGUGCAAUUGGAGGUCUCCUUAGCCUUUUUCUUGGAUUCAGCAUCAUCAGCGUAGCAGAAUUAGUGUUCUUCGUCUUGUUAAGACCUGCUUAUUUAGUUUUUCGAGAGAGGCGAGAUUAA